CAUUCGCCGAAGUCACUGGGUCAAGUCUCUCGCGCACAUGGCGUGGGCCGAACAGGUAUUAUUCAUUAUAAUAAUAUGGUGCUUACACCCAUCGGGGCAGACUUGCAUAACGUCGACGACGAGACGUCGAAAGCGUUAAAAGACAGCCGCAGAACGCGCGGAACGAAGAGUCGACUUGGUGCCACGCUGCCGAGCAGUUGUCGAUGCGGUUGUACAAGCAGGUAUCUACCGGUGCGGUAUAAUAAUUGUUGAGCGGUAACCCACCGGUCAGCGUGCAAAUAUCACUUGGAGUGAAAAAAGUCCGAGAGUCAAAUUUUAGUUUUACUUUUGCGAGCGCUAAGAAUGUCUACCGACCCGUCUUCGACCGCCUUAGUCCGUACUUGCAGCAGUUGCUGUUGACCGCACGAAACUGUUAUUUAAUACAGCAGGUGAAUCUUUAAUAACGGAUCGAUUCUGCCGCCCAAAGAUGAUGAGAAACGCGUGUCUGUUGGCCGCCUUUUGGUUGGCCACGUGUACGAUGGUCAUCGUUGGCCAUGUUGCCGCAGUGGAGUUCGAUGAUCAGAGGCAACUUUCGCCGUACGGAGAUGACUAUUCUUAUUACGGCGGUCCCGGUGUGGCGGCGCCAGAGAGAGAGGAAGAGUCGGCGCGCACCCAUCACGCAAAGCACAAAUUGAAGAAGCUCAAGCUCAAGAAGCGACUGUUGCUGCAGUGCCUGUUGGGGCACGGUCGGCGGCGCCGCGACACGUCCGAGGCUUCCGGUCGCUUCUUUCUUCCGGUCGUAUUGCAGAGCACCAACGUUAACGUGGGUUCCGGCGGCGGCGGAUACGGCGGCCAUCAGCAGCAACAGUCGCACCACAGCGGAUGCAUGCAAAUGUUCGGCGAUGACAACAAUCACGGACCACUGAGCUCGCCGCCGUUGUUGGGCUCGUUGGGUUCGUUGGGCUCGCCGUUAGGCUCACUGGGCUCUGCGCUCGGUUCGCUAGGGCCGGCUCCGGUGACGGAAGAGCCUGAAGAGGGCGGCAACCGCAACUACGCUGCCAACUGGAACAGAUAUGCUAGACAGUUCCGCCGCAACUUUGUCAGGCCGCUGUACCGCCUGUUCUAGGGACUCACAUAGUAUAAUCGUUUCGGCGCGCUGUGAUUCGAUUCGGUCGCGUCAUUAUUACAUCUGUAGGAAUCAAGAACAAGCGAAACUAAUUCAGGCUUGAUUAUAUAGUAAUUAUUGAAUAUGCUAUACAUAAAGCCAGUCCAAUGAAAUUUGACAUAUUUUAUAAGAAAAUAAGAAAUAUCCCAAAGGCUAAGGUACUCGCGGCAGUGGACUUAACAAUAUAAUGUGUUGCCCAGUUGAAACAAAAUGAUUAUCAUUUAUUUACCCACACAUAUUCUUUUGGUGUACACCCAACCGCUAAAUAUGUACUUUAAAAUUUUAAAGUUGUUGUGAUCGAGCCACUGUCCACUACCGCAGGGGUGUAACUGGAAAGUUCUUAAAUUAAAACAUUCUCUGGAUUCCCGUCAUUCAACCCUCUUUUAUUUUCUAUGUAUGAUACUAUAAUAGAUGACGUUACCAAAUAAUAAAUAUACAUUUUUAUCUUCAAACCACCCAUAAGUAUAUCGCUCUACAACCCUACUUCUUGCCUCAUCGACAUAACUGUUUGAGGCUGUAAUAUGGAAAACUGUUUAGUAGUGUAAAUUAGGGAAAAUGUAGGACAAGGCCCGGUGACUAUAACAAUAUAAGCCGAAUUUACGUCAAUGGCGAGUGAUCAAUCGACCUUUUGGGAAACAAUAAAUAGAGAUACCUAAAAAAACUAACUUAAACUACUGCCUACGACCAUUUUCCUAUUUUAUAAUAAUAGAGCUUAAAAGGUACACCUGAUUGCGCGUCUAAAGCAUCAUGUAUAAUAAUAUAUUGGUCACCGACAUCAACAGUUUUCUAUUAAUUUUUAGGUAAAUCCUAGAAUCAACCCUUUUGAUUUAUUGGACAUUUUAUUAACUCUUUAUCCGUGCAUGUAAGAAAUUUAGGUACCCAGCCAGCUUAUCGGGCACCUAUAGGCUUUACCCUACAAUAACUUCCCUGGAACCCACCCAAACGUCUAAAAUAGAACUGGUGCCAUGGCUAUAGCAUUACAGGAAUUAGUAAAUAAUCUCCAUACUAAUGGGUUAUCCCAGUUGUGAAAGUCCCUUUGAUGUGUUUUUCUGUAUAGUUCAUGUAACCUGAAUCAUUGUAAAAAAAUUAGCUGCUUAGUUAGUACUUGCCAUUGUACAUACUAGUAUAGAAUAUAGAUCGUACUUUUUUCAAAAAUAAAGUUUUUAACAUUUUUUUUUUUUAAUGUAUUUGUACAAUUAAAAUAUUAGAUGAUCGACGAUCGUGAUUAUUCUUAAGUUGUAGUAGUAAGUAGUAAAUAAUUAUUUACCUACACGUAAUAAAUAGUUAUAUUUAGUACAAAAAUUAAAAAAUGUUGAGAGUUUAAGACAACAUAGAUCUAGGUAAUAAACUAAUAACUAUUAAGUAAUUCUCAAAUCCCUAAGGUGUGCAAGUUAUAAGGAUAUAAAUUAAGUUAAGUUCAGUUCAGUUAAACAAGGUACAAAUUAAAAGUUAACAAAUAAUAUAUUUAAUUAUGAAAGUUUAAAGUUAACGGAGAAAAAAGGAAUAACUCAGUAAAAAAAGUUAGAAGCCAAUUUUUUUUCAUUAUCAUCUGGAGUCACACAUUGUGAUUGACAAUAAUUAGGUAUAUAACUUUCAAUUUUUUUUUCAAACAAUGUUGUUGAAAAAUAUUUUUGCAUACCUAUUCAAUUUAGGACAGUUAGGUUAAGUAAUUUAGUUAUUAGAAAACUAACUAACUAGUAAAUUACCACCUUCAUUAGUUUUAACAGGAGGUAUUAAUUUAAUAAAUCGUGCAUUAAUCUACAGAGUAUUAAAACGUAUUAUGCAAUUGAUUGUAAAGAAAAUAAUAAGGUAGGUAUGUAUUUAUUUUAAAAUUGAAUUGUAAUUCAAUUUGAGAUAGUGAAAUUGUUAAUAUUUUUGAUUUAUUUAUUUAACUAAACUGUUUUAUAAUUAUGGACAAUAUAUUAUGCUGAAGUAUGGAUGAAUGUAUGUAUGUAUGAACUACAUUUUAUGGUUUAUUUUCGAGUACCAUUUCGUACUUUUCAACUUUAUUUUCAGAUUUUUUGUCAAGUUUAUUUGUCAGGUUGUUUAUAAUUAUUCUGAAGUAGCGUUACCAGAAGUCCCCUUCACUCAAGCUGUCAAACCCGGUAAAAUUCUUAUACACAUUACUUAUCGUAUUUUUUUUUGUAUACAGAUUGUAAAUAUUCUUUUAGAUAAUAAAGAAAAAAAAAGUAUAAUUAUUGUCAA